AUGGGAUGCAUAUGUUCCAAGAGUUCAGCUGUAGAAGACAGCAAUGAAAGUACCUCAAAGAAAUUGCAAUCAAGUAGCACAAGAACUUCAGAGUUGAAUGUUUUGAGGUUGAGUUCUUCCAAGAGGGUUGAAAGUGGAGGUGAUGUGAAAGUGAGAUCGAAUGGAUCAGUGCAGUUGUAUGAUGAUCAAAAUGGGAGGAAGAAGAAAAUUGAAAAGCAUGAAUUCACUGAUGUCGAUCAUCCUGGAUUUGGAAGGGUUCCGAAGGCUAUAGAAGCCGAACAAGUUGCGGCUGGAUGGCCGGCCUGGCUUUCUUCUGUUGCUGGUGAGGCUAUCAAAGGAUGGAUACCGCGAAGUGCAACUACUUUCGAGAGGUUACAUAAAAUUGGGCAGGGAACUUAUAGUACGGUUUAUAAGGCUCGUGACGUAACUAAUCAGAAGAUUGUUGCAUUGAAGAGGGUGCGGUUUGAUAACCUUGAUCCCGAGAGUGUCAAGUUUAUGGCAAGAGAGAUACAUAUUUUGCGUAGGCUCGACCAUCCAAACAUAAUAAAACUGGAGGGUUUGAUAACCUCGGAAACAUCUCGCAGCUUGUACCUUGUUUUUGAGUAUAUGGAACAUGAUUUAACAGGACUUGCAGCAAAUCCUACCAUCAAAUUCUCUGAACCACAGCUGAAAUGCUACAUGCAUCAACUUCUUAGUGGAUUGGAUCAUUGUCAUAGUCAUGGUGUUCUUCAUCGCGACAUAAAGGGAUCAAAUCUUCUCAUUGACAACAAUGGUGUUUUAAAGAUUGCCGAUUUUGGUUUGGCGAAUGUUUUUGACUCCCAUCACAAUAUUCCAUUGACAAGCCGCGUGGUAACACUGUGGUACAGACCGCCCGAGCUUUUACUCGGAGCAAAUCAUUAUGGGGUUGCAGUGGAUUUAUGGAGCACUGGUUGCAUUCUGGGGGAACUAUAUACGGGCCGACCCAUUUUGCCAGGAAAAACCGAGGUUGAGCAGUUGCAUCGGAUUUUUAAACUUUGCGGCUCACCGUCUGAGGACUAUUGGCUUAAGUUGCGGUUGUCACAUUCAACAGUAUUCAAGCCUCCACACCAUUAUAGACGAUGUGUUACAGAUACGUUUAAGGAAUACUCAUCAACUGCUCUUAAACUUAUAGAGACCCUACUUUCUGUAGAUCCCUCAAAUCGAGGAACGGCAGCUGCUGCUCUGAAAAGUGAGUUCUUCACAUCAGAACCUUUGCCUUGUGAUCCAUCAAGUUUACCAAAAUAUCCUCCUAGCAAAGAGAUUGAUGCUAAAAUGCGAGAUGAAGCAACCAGAAGGCAAGGAGCUGUUGGAGAUAGGGAACAAAAAGUUGGCUCAUCGGUUAGACAAGAAAAAGCACCUAGGGCCGUUGUCUCAACAAAAGACAACGCCGACAUGGGCGCAUCGGUACAGCAGAAACACUAUUCCUUCUCAAAGAACCGAAGCGAACUGUCCUACCCGCAUAGAGAACAUGUGCCUGGGAUUGCAGGCUUCCCACACAAACAAUCAGAAGAUGCUAGAGAAAUGGAAAAUAACGUAUCCGGCCAUUUUUAUAAGAGACCUUCACAUUCGGGUCCAUUGGCUCCUGGUUCAGCAGGCUGGGCAAGGGGCGUGAAGGAAGUUGAUAAUGGGCCUACUGUUCCAAACAGAGUUAACCUAUCAAAACUAUCUGGGCUAGUAGCGUCUAGGACUUUGUCGUCUGAAGAUCAGGAGCCAAAACCAGUUCCCUUUCCCCACAGAAAACCAAUCGAAGUAAGAAAAUCCGUCGAGGCGACAAGUGGGUCGGAGUCAAGAAGAAGACGGGAUAAAAAACGGAUUGCUGAUCACAGUCAAAUUGUAAAUAGAAGAGUCCCAACCGAAAAAUCAACUCCGGAUGGACAUGGAUCGAGUGGAAACAAAAUAUACAUGUCAGGUCCAUUACUGGCUUCUUCAAACAACAUGGAUCAGAUGCUGAAAGACCACGAUCGUAAGAUCCAAGAGUUUUCAAGACGAGCAAGAGGCGAGAAAGUCCGUGCACAAAGAAAGUAG